AAUGGAGAUGAAUCAAACACUAUCGGUAACGCAGUUGAAAAAAUGGGUCCCCAGAAGCUUCAAUGUGCUGUUCUUUUCUUGAUUCUUUCUGCACUAAGUUGCCUCUCUUCUAGUUCUGAUCUACCUAGCGAGUACUCCAUUGUUGGACGCGAUUUUGAUGAGCUUGUUUCUGAGGAAAGAGUCGUGGAGCUGUUUCAACGAUGGAAAGCGAAGCAUCGAAAAGUGUACAGUCACGCAGAAGAGGCAGAAAAAAGAUUCAAGAAUUUUAAGAAUAACUUGAAGUAUGUUAUCGAGAAGAAUGCAAAGAAAAAAUCAAAUAAGGGACAUGCUGUGGGGUUGAACAAGUUUGCGGAUUUGAGUAAUGAGGAGUUCAGGGAAAAAUAUUUGAGAAAGGUUAAAAAGCCUACUGGAAAAUCGUUCGGCAAUGUGAAGAGUCGCCUGAAUAAGAAGGUGGAAUCUUGCGAAACAUCUUCGAGCUUGGAUUGGAGGAAAAGGGGAGUUGUGACUGCUGUUAAAGACCAAGGCGACUGUGGAAGUUGUUGGGCAUUUUCUUCAACUGGAGCCAUUGAAGGAAUAAACGCCAUAGUCACUGGUGACCUCAUUAGCCUCUCAGAACAAGAGCUUAUGGAUUGUGAUACCACCAACUAUGGAUGUGAUGGAGGCUAUAUGGAUUAUGCAUUUGAAUGGGUUAUUAGCAAUGGUGGGAUUGAUACCGAAGCCAAUUAUCCUUACACUGGAGUGGAUGGUACUUGCAAUACCACUAAGGAGGAAACCAAAGUGGUAACUAUUGACGGUUACACAGAUGUUGGAGAAUCGGAUAGUGCUUUAUUGUGUGCUACUGUACAACAACCAAUUAGUGUUGGUAUUGAUGGCUCUGCUAUUGAUUUUCAACUAUAUACAAGUGGCAUUUAUGCCGGUGACUGCUCGGACAAUCCAGAUGAAAUUGAUCAUGCAGUUUUGAUAGUUGGUUAUGGUUCUGAAGAUGGUGAAGAUUAUUGGAUUGUAAAAAAUUCAUGGGGAACAAGUUGGGGAAUGGAAGGAUAUUUUUACCUAUUAAGAAACACUGAUUUGGAAUAUGGUGAAUGUGCUGUCAAUGCAAUGGCCUCUUAUCCAACUAAAGAAUCUUCUGCACCAGCUCCCUAUUCACCACCUCCACCACCAUCACCUCCUCCUCCACCACCUCCUCCACCAUCCCCACCACCACCACCGCCUCCCUCGCCUUCACCAACUGAAUGUGGAGACUUCUCAUAUUGCCCUAGUGAUGAGACAUGUUGUUGCCUAUUUGAAUUCUUUGACUACUGCCUGAUCUAUGGUUGUUGUUCAUAUGAGAAUGCUGUCUGUUGCACUGGAACUGAGUACUGCUGCCCCAGUGAUUAUCCUAUCUGUGAUGUGGAAGAAGGGCUCUGCCUCAAGAACUCUGGAGAUUACCUGGGAAUAGCUGCAAAGAAGAAAAAGAUAGCGAAGCACAAGUUCCCAUGGACUAAAUAUGAGGAAGCAGUGAAGAAGAAAAUAUAUGAACCUCUCCAGUGGAAGAGGAACCGAUUUGCUGCAGUGCGCUAAAUGAGUGAACAACCUUUAUGGUCUUUUUGAAGUUUGAUGGUCGUGUCAUUCUAGCAACUUCAUUUUUUUUCCUCACAGGGACAUUCUCCAAGUCUGCAAUGGACAUAUGUUUAAACGGAAAUUAAACUUAUGCAGCAGGCGAAACCAGAAAUUGCAGAUGAAGGCGAAAGUGUUGUUUCCUUAGAUUGAUUAUUGGAAACAGUAGUUUAAAUUUCUCUUGGGUAUAACUAUGUUUCACUCAGAUGUUCUGGCUUUACGAUUGUUCAAAUGCAAGCCAUCUCAGCUUGUUUUUCAGACUUGGUAAUAUAUUAAGGGAGUUUAGUUUACAUUAA